UGUACACAGACAGACGCGUCACAGUUUGUCUGAUCUUUUCCAAUUUCUCCCUCUGUCGUUAAUCUCGUCAGCUAUCGAUGUCAACAAACAUGCAGGCUAUUCUGUCUUUACAGACACAACUUGCCUCGAUAAUGGACGUGCUUGCUAGAGCGGCCGUUGACGAGAUAAGUCAACUCUUUUCCGAGAGCUCGGCUGAUUUGCAGUUGGAGGUUUCUCGCAGCUACAAAGAAAACGAAGCUCUGAAAAUGAGGAUGAAGGUGAUGAAGAACGAGCUUUUCACCCUGCGACUACAAAGGGCGAGUACACCGCGGGGCAGUCGCUUUUCUUUCAGCAGAACUUUAUGCAAGCCUCGGGGGAAACUCGCAGAUAAGACACCUGAGCACCAGACAUCCAUUUACAGCAGAGAUGAUGCCCCUAUUACAAUAGCGGAAGAGGAGAUACCAUCCACAGUCAAAAAAGAGUGUGCAGAUGUGGAGAGUCCAGAUGUCAUCUUGAUAAAAGAUGAGGAGGGUCCUGAGGAUGACUUUGGAGGAUGUGUGCCAGAUGCAGGUCAUGACGAUAUUUGUGAUGAAAAUGUUACCAUGGUGACACCACAGCCGGAACAUGCCACCCAGAGACUAGGUCACGAUGAGGGACCAUACAGCAUGAACGACCCUCACGGUCAUGGUCGAGGUGAAGAAGCGCUGUGCAGCGUGACCAGUACUGAGAACUACCCUUUCUUCAGAGCCCCAGAACUACUUCAGAGUUUUCCCUCACACUCUGGUCUGCUGCCGGACCACACAGUCAGCAAUCAGAUACAGUUGAAUACUCAUUCUAUUGGGGAACCACUGCAAGGCAACCCCCAAAUGAGGGGCUUGCAAAGUGACAGAGGGGGUCUGCCGAGAGGGGAUACAGGAGGACGGGGUCUGAAAAUCGUACAGGUAGCUUCCCUAGAAACCACCCCAACGACCCCAACAACAGCCUUGGUAACAGGGGGUGUGACUGUGAGGCGCCCUAGUCUUGUAAACCAGUUCCAGCGCCACCACGUCCCCCAUGGUACCAAGCCGUUGUUCUGUAGCGACUGUGGGAAGCGCUUCUCUCGCCGGCUUGACUUGAUCCGCCACCGGGCGGUCCACACAGGAGAGAAGCCUGUCAUAUGCAACCUGUGUGGGAACUCGUUUGUCAACAAGACGACACUGAGGGUCCACAUGCGUAUUCAUACAGGGGAGAAACCUUACAUGUGCUCCCUGUGUGGGAAGGGUUUCACCCAGAAUGGCAGCCUGACCAUCCACCUGAGGACCCACUCUGGGGAGAAACCCUACAGCUGCUCCCACUGUGGAGCUUCUUUCAAUAACCCCAGCAACCUGCGCAGACACAUGGUCACACACCCAGAGCAGGCAGGGACGCUGACACUCUGACACCCAAACUCACCGGUGGCCAGUGGAGCUUAAGGUUCUUUAUUUUUCUUCAUCAUUCUCUCAUUCUUGUUCUCGCUCGCUCUCUCUCAAUUCAAUAUAUGCUUUAUUGGCAUAAAUUGGUUGUUUCCACUGUGGCCAAAGCAAAGUAUAUGAAGAAUUACAUAAAUGAACAAUGUUUUUGAGCAACAAUAAUCAUACACAGUGAACAAAAAUGUAAACGCAACAUGCAACAAUUUCAAAGAUUUUACUGAGUUACAGUUCAUAUGAGGAAAUCAGUCAAUUGAAAUAAAUCUAUUAGGCCCUAAUCUAUGGAUUUCACAUGACUGGGAAUACAGAUAUACAUCUGUUAGUCACAGAUACCUUAAAAAAAAAAGGCGUGGCGUGGAUCAGAAAACCAGUCAGUAUCUGGUGUGACCACCAUUUGCCUCAAACAGCGCAACACCUCCUUCACAUAGAGUUGAUCCGGCUGUUGAUUGUGGCCUGUGGAAUGUUGUCCCACUCCUCUUCAAUGGCUGCGAGAAGUUGCUGCAUAUUGGCGGGAACUUUAACACGCUGUCGACAAUGUUGAUCCAGAGCAUCCCAAACAUGCUCAAUGGGUGACAUGUCUGGUGUAUAUGCAGGCCAUGGAAGAACUGGGACAUUUUUAGCUUCCAGGAAUUGCUUCCAUAACCCCACCGUCACCAUGGGGCACUCAGUUCACAAUGUUGAUAUCAGCAAACCGCUCACCCACACGAGCCAUACAUGCUGUCUGUCAUCUGCCCGGCACAGUUGAAACCAGGAUUCAUCCAUGAAGAGCACACUUCUCCAGCGUGCCAGUGGCCAUCGAAGGUGAGCAUUUUCCCACUGAAGUCGGUUACGACACCGAAUUGCAGUCAGGUCAAGACCCUGGUGAGGACAACGAGCUUCACUGAGACUGUUUCUGACAGUUUGCAGAAAUUGUUCAGUUGUACAAACCCACAGUUUCAUCAGCUGUCCGGGUGGCUGGUCUCAGACCAUGCCGCAGGUUAAGAAGCCGGAGGUCCUGGGCUGGCGUGGUUCACAAUGUGGUCUGCGGUUGUGAGGCCGGUUGGACGUACUGCCAAAUUCUCUAAAACAACGUUGGAGGCAGCUUAUGGUAGAGAAAUUUACAUGACAUUCUCUGAGAUGAACAUUACAUUCUCUGGGAACAGCUAUGGUGGACAUUCCUGCAGUCAGCAUUCCAAUGCUCCCUCAACUGGAGACAUUGUGUUGUGUGACAAAACUGCACAUUUUAGAUUGGCCUUUUAUUGUCCCCAGAUCAUGUUGUUUAAUCAGCUUCUUGAUAUGCCACCUGUCAGAUGGAUGGGUUAUCUUGGCAAAGGAUAAAUGCUCACUAACAGGGAUGUAAGCAAAUUUGUGCACAACAUUGAGAAUAAGCAUUUUUUGCAUAUGGAAAGUUUCUGGGAUCUUUAAUUUCAGCUCAUGAAACAUAGGACCAACACUUUACAUGUUGUGUUUAUAUUUGUGUUUAGUGUAUAUCAACAAAAACAAUUAUACAUUCUCUCACACUUCCCGCCCCAGACUGGAACCCACAUCUGUCCCGUCGCUCUUACUCUCCCCAUCUCCCUGAUUUACACUCUGUCUGUCUCUGAUCUAAAUGCACAUACUACAUAAAGUUACUGUAUGAGUAGAUUUUAGUAAGUAACCUACUCUGGCCGAAAUGAAUAAACACUAUGUUUUGAUAUGAA